AUGGAAGAAGAAAUCGGUGUCAAAGUUACAAGACUGAGGAGGCGAUUAUCAGUAGAAGCUGAAGAUGUCAAAUCACCAUCAACACAGUCUACUCCUACCAAGAAAAGAGGUGGUAGACUGGCAGCUAAACCGCAGCUGGAACUAAUUGAUGAAAAUGCAUCUGAGAUAGAAAAACCAAAAAGGACUAGAAAACCAACAAUGCGUGACGCCGAGCCGGAGGAAAAAGCAGUCACACCAUCAAGACGUAGCACUAGAAUCAGAUCAAACACAAGCAUUGUCUCUGAAACCCCAUUGGAGACAGAGGAUAAAGGAACACCUUCCAGACGUAUUACAAGGAUCAAGUCUAAUACUAGUAUUGUGGCAGAUACUACUCAACAUGUAGACUCACCUAGAGCUAAGAGAGCUGCCAGACGUACUUCUCAAGUUGGUAGUGAUAAUGAAGCUCCUGUCACCCCCGGAAGAACAACAAGGAGAACCAGAAAAGACUCCACUUCAAGUGUUGACAAACAAGGUGAUCCUAAUCUUGAAAAAUUAGGACCACAGGUUAAAGAAGUUAUUGUUGAAGAAACUGAAAAUAAUAUCAAAGACUUGACAAACAAAGAUACUCCUGCCAAAGAAAGAAAUGAAUCACCCACUACCAGGAAGAGCCCUAGGUUAAUUGAAAAGACUGGUAAAAGAUCAUCACUUGAUCUUGAAAAUAAAUAUGAACUUGAAAGUGUCAAAGAAUCCAAUGGUGUUAAGUCUGAUUCUGCAGAUGCUUCUAUUGUAUCAUCUCUUGACACUCCUAAAAUUAAUAAAAGUCAUGAAGAAAUCAACCUCUCAAUUUCUUCUUCUAAUUUAAUAAAGCAAUUAGAUGAUGAAGUUAAAACAGGGAAUGCUUAUUUAAACAAAACCGCUUCAGCAUUAGGGGAGUCACAAACAAAGUCAAAACGGCGUAGAACGAAGUCCUGGACAACAUUAGCACUAAAUUCUUCUAAUAAUGACAACUUUUUAAGUGAUACUGAAGCUACAAUAAAAAAAAAUAAAGCAAACAGUAACACUGCAAAUGUGUCUAGUUAUCGUGAAGGUGUUAUAAACACUAGCACUAUAAGCAUUAAGAAAACCGAAGAACAAUGUGAUAUUAAGGAUAAUUCAUUAAAUUCUUCCAUUAAGUCUGAGAAGAAGAAAAAGAAACGCCAUGAUAAUUCUAUACUUGACAAUGAAACAAGAGCUCCGAUUGCAAAUACUUUAGCUGACUUAAAUAAAUCUGAUGCCAAUGAUAAAGAUUUGCCAUCACAAACGGAUGAUCCUAAUUUCACUGAAAGAUUCUUUCGUGAAGCUCCAAGUGGACCUGUUGAAUCUUUAGUUUACAUUGAAGAUUCAGAUUCAAACGCGGGUGCUGCAGAAAAAGGAAGUGUGCUACAAAAUAUAGAAAGUGGAGACCAAUGUGUGCCUGUAGUAGAAAAUCAGUUAGAAGACGAUAUUUCUAAGGAGAAAAAAAAUAAUUGCAGCUAUGAACCAAUGGAUAUUGAUGAAACUAUGCCAGAAAAUGUAUCACUGUCAGUGUUCACAGAUAAAAAUGCUUCAGAAAUCAAAGCUCCCAGCCUACUAAAACGUAAAUCGCUCCAAAAUAUUUCCGUAACUGAUAAUAUAAACAUUGACCACAACCAUAAAUCUCGCAGAAAAUCGAACAUUUCGGAUUUAGAGAGUGAUAAUGAAACUACUCAAAACAAAUCAAUGAAGAAGGCCUUAACAGCUGCUAGCGCUUGUACUGAUCCUACAGAUAUGCUUAUUAAUAAAUCAAAAAGAAAAUCGAUCAACAAUUGUACUGAAGAAGUAGAUGAAAAAUUGGAAGAUAAUUCUAGCAAUCCUGACUGCAAUAGUACUUUAAAUAAAUCCAAAACAAAGUCUUCUAUUUCUAAUUUCGCUACUAGUGAUGACAUAGGUAAUAAUUCUCUUAGUUCAAGUUCUUAUGAUGACAGUGGGAAUAAAAGUACCACAAAGGUGCAAAGAAAGUCUGCAAUAAUGAAUAGCAGUAUCGAUAAAAAUAAAUCUAAAAGAAAAUCUUUACUUUCAUAUGUAGCUGGUGAGGAUAAUAGUGAAAUAAAAAGAAAUCAUGAUGGUUCUUUUGACCUCGACGAUAUUCAUAAAGACAAUAAUGAUACAAUGGGAUCUACAGAUUCUAAAAGCAUACCAAGCACUAAUGUAAAUGCCAGCAUCACCAAAUUAGAUGUUAGUAACAAAAACGAAAGUGUUAUAAAUGAGAGCUAUAACAAAACCAAAAAGGGGUCCAUAGCUUCAGAGGCUACACAUGAUAAAUCUACAAGAAAAUCCUCUCUCAAUACAGUUACGGACAAUGAUGAACUAGACAGCGGAUUUAACAAGUCUAAUAAUUAUGACGAUAAUAGUAAUUUAGGCUCUAAUAAAUCUAAACGAAAGUCAUCAAAUACUAGCGACAGUAAUGUAGGUAAUAAUUUCAAUAAGUAUCAGAAAGGAUCUUCUGAUCUGAUUAAUUCUAGUUCUGAUAAACUUAAUAAUAAAUCUAAAAGAAAAAGUUCUAUUUCCAAGACAGAUGUUGACGAUUCUAUUGACUCUGCAUUGAAUAAGAGUUGUAAUAAGUCUAAGAGGAAGUCUUCUAUAUUAAACAUGGAGUCACAAAUAUUUGAGAAAAGUAAUAAUGAAAACAAAAGCACUCUGGUUUUGUCUCAAAUAAAAGAUGUGUCUGAAACUAAUGUAACAAAAGAACUUUAUGAAUUGAAUGAAUCCAGGAAUUGUAAUGAGCAGUUAUCUCAGUCUGCUAAUGUGCCAAAUGUCAUUAAAGACAAAGAAAAUAAUAAGAAAAAUCUCUCUCUGACUUAUUCUACCAGUACUCCACUUCAACAGAAGCCUGUAAAAAAAAUAGGCAUGCAGAUAAAUUCAUCAAUAAUUACUCCCAAUACUACUAAAAUUAAGAACAACAGCGCCUUAAAUGGAUCGAAGAAAGACACUUCUGAUAUUUCGCAGAAUGAUGCAUCUGAACUAUCUGAUGGAGAAAGUGAAGGAAGUUCCGAAGAUGAUAAUGAAGCAUCUUCAGAAGAAGAAUCAAUACAUAAAAGCAAAUUGAUUGAGGAUGAAGCUGAGGAAGCAAGUGACGAUUACGAAUCUGGGGAUAGUAGAGAUCAAGACGCAAGAGAAUACGAGGAACAACAUGAAAUCGUUGAAAAAGGUGUAACAUUAGAUUCUGAAGAUGAAGAUUUUUCGGAUGACUCUGAAUAUGAAAAAGACUCCUUUGUUGUAGAUUCCGAAGAAGAGGAUGGUGAGCUUUUAAGUGGCUCUGGCGAUGACCUUUCUAUGAGUGCUGAUGAACUUAGCAUGAGUGCGAAAUCUAAAAAGAAAUUUAAUGACCGUAAAAUAAAAGAGCAGAAAAAAGCUUCAAGGGAAAUGUUUGAAGCCAGACAUAAGUUGAACAAAUCUGAUAAUAAAACAAAUUCUAACAAGAAAUUAAAUCGUCAAAGGUUAGAGUCAUCGGAAUCUGAAUCUGACAUAAAGAUAUGUAACAAACCUAAGAAGAACAAGCGUGCUAGAAUCGAUUCUAGUCAAGACAUAACUAUCACACAGUCUGACCACGAUACAAGUGAAUUUAAACAAAAAAAGAAGGCCUCGAGACGAUUGUCAGACUCAGUAUGUGAAGAAAACGCAACAAAUGAAAGCGAGAUUUCUAUCCACGGGAAUAAUGAAACUGAUAAAGACGAUCCUCUAUCCCUUCAUGGCAUUAUCAAGGAAGAGCCCAAGACUCCCCAAAAAGAUUCUAAUAUAUCUACAGUAUCAAUUGCAAAUGUAGAAAUUGAGGCAGUAGACAUUCAAAAUAAUAUAUCUAUCUUAAAAUCAAAUCAAACAACAGAUCCACUACAAACUACUUCGGCUACAGAUUGUGUAGAUGUCAGUGAAGAAUCAAUUAGUGAAAAUGAAGAAAUAACGGAAAAUUAUAAUUCUGUUCUAAACUAUUUGAAUGUAAAGUCGAUUAAAGUUAAAUCAUUAGACAUGUCCUUUAAUCUUGACAAAAAAGCUAAACGAAAGGACAAGGAUCCAAUUAUAGACCAGUUAAAUCUUACUCAGACAAAGAAUUUGAAGAGCAGAAAGCUAAAUUCAGACCUGAAAGAUAAAAAAAUCAUGGAAAAGGUCAAUAAAUCUAUAAAUACUCAAGAGGAGGGUUCUUCAGAUUCCAUUGAUAUGAAGUUAUUGUUCAAUGACGAUAGCACAGAUAGUGAUGUUAAAGUGUCUUCUGAAAAAGAAAAUAAAGCAUCUGUUGAGGAAUUUAUUCCUUUGAAAAGAGCUCUGGGUAAAACCAACAUUUUAGAAAAGACUGAUUCUACAUGUGGAGCAGCAACAAUACCAAACGAAUCAUCUGAUCUGAAUCUCAGCAAAUCUAAGAAGGUGAAACACACAGUUCCUCUCCCUGAGAAAACUGAGGAUAAGGAAAAUGAGGAUAAUGUAAACUUUUUCAUUGACACAACUGGUACAUAUAUUGGCAUGGACAAGAGUGUGGAUACCUCAAGUAGGGUUAGUGGUAAAAAGAAGCGCAAAAAUGAAGUAUCUGUCAAUGCCAAGAGUGAUGAUGACUCCAAUGAUGCUCCACUGGAAGUUUCUUACCAAAGUGACAAAAAUAAGCAGAAUUUAAACACAUCACAUACUGAGGAGCAAGAAAUUGUCACUACUGAUAUUAAAACUCCAGUGAGUGUAAAGAAGAAUAAGAAAAAUAAAAAAAGCUUAAAUAACUCUCAAUUAAUUGAACAUACAGAUGAUGUCUCCAAUGAUGCUCCACUAGAAGUAUCUAACCCAAGUGACAAAAACAAAGACAAAUCUAAACAGAAUUUGAACAACUCUCAUACAAGUCAGCAAGAUAUUGUCACCUCUGACAUUAAAACUCCAGUGAGUGCAAAGAAGAAUAAGAAAAUUAAAAAAGGCUUAAAUAACUCUCAAGUAAUUGAACAUAAAGAUGAUGAUUUCAAUUACACUCUGCCAGAAGUAUCUAACCAAAGAGACUCUCAUACUGGGGAGCAAGAAAAUGUCACUACUGAUGUUAAAACUCCAGUGAGUGCAAAGAAGAAUAAGAAAAAUAAAAAAAGUUUGGAUACGUCUCGAGUUACUGAAAAUACAGAAAUAGAUGCCCAAGGAGAUUACGCUCGAAACAUUUCAAUCGAAAAUAAAAAAACACAUAAGCAACUAACAGUUACAGAACAGUCCCUUGCCGUAAAGAAAACUGACGUUGGAGAAGUUGAAAAUGUUGUUACUGAAGAGGACAUUUCGAAGAAACGCAAACGAAAACCUACUAAUGAAUCAAUUGAAGAAACAACAGAAAUAGAUAACGCCGGGGCUCCAGAAGGACCAAAUGAAUCUUUUAAAACUAUAAAUCAAAAGAAAAAACGAAAGAUAUCGCACACUAUUAAUAACGAAAAUGUUGAAGAAAAAGUUCCUGAUGCUGUUAUCGAAAAAAAAGAAUUACUUCCUGUUAGUAAAUCCAAAAAGAAAAGUAAAACUGCUGCAGUACAAAAUCCAGUUCAAGAUAGUCAUGACUCCACAAAGAAAAGCAAGAAGAGGAAAGAAAGAGACGACGACGAGGGAGAAAAGUCAUCUAAGGUCAUUAAACAAAACUCCUUGGAUAAGGUGCAUGUUCCACGUUUAUCAACUAACGUCCUUAAACAACUAGAUGACAAUCCAAGGAAAUUCGAAACAAUGGAUAACAUAAUUUCCACAACAUCCUUCAAAGUCGAAGAAACUAAAAAGAGAAGAAACAAGCCUUCAAAUUACUUAGAACAGAGUGUGUACUUAAAUGACUCAAGAGAGGAACAAAGAAAAAAUAAAACAGUUAAAGCACCUAAGGUCCUACCAUUUAUACCAACAGCCUCAACUUCUGACUAUGGUUUCACAACUAAUUUCAAAGUUAAUGUAAUACCUCAAGAAACUCAAUUUGUUGCUCAAUCUAGUGAUGUAUAUAACUUCAAACAAGAUUACCUUCAGAAGAACAGAAUAAAAAAGCUAGGGACGUUCGAAAAAUACAAAAGACAUAGAACCAUAAAAUUAUCUAAAUUUUAA